AUGUCUACGGAUGUGGCGAAUGAGUCCGAGACAACAUCAUACGCAACGUUUCGGGUUGUGCUGAACGUUCCCUGGGAUGCGCCGCUCGGUGGGAGCAAGCUCGACAUGAACACCUUUGUCCGCUCAAACACCCUCCGCCUUCCGCGAGUGCCCGACUUUGAGCUGCGACCAAAGGAGGCUGCGGCGGAAAACUCGGCGAGUGUGGGAGCUACUACUUCUACUGAGGUUGUUAUGCGGUUGAUCGAUCCUCGGGCGCAUACGCCGACGCCCGCGCCGACUCCCAUCAAGCGCAAAGGUGACAAGUUUGCAUCGCUGACAGGGGAUGCCCAGCCCAAGGCAGAGCCGCGCACCUCGGCAGAGACAGAGGCUGGAUCGUCGGCAGUGAGUGCAAAGGCCAGUGCCGAGGCUGAUGGCGAGGCUGAGCUUGACGCAGGGUGGACCAAGGAGAUGGAUCGUAUUGUGUGGUCGUUUGUGACCAUGACCGGCCUCUCGGACGCGCAGCCGGACGGCUUGGACUGGACCAGCCUCGCGCAGCGGAUUGGCGGUGUGACGCCCGAAGCAUGCAUGGCCCGAGCAGCGUUGCUGUUUGAGCGGCGGCUCCGAGGCUCGGGGACUGGUGCCACGGCACUGGUCCCGCCGCAGAGCAUGGUGGCCAAGACGGCGGCUGAACCGACUGCCGCGCCCGAGGUUCGCCGCCUGACACCGCUGCAGUCCGGAGCGGCCGCUGCCGACGACGACAACGCGCUGAUGCAGUCGCUUCUUCGGCUCUCGGCCAACUCGGCCGGUGCGUUUGUCGCAUCAGCGUCAGCGUCGGCCGAGCCGUCACCGGUCUCGUCGCCGCCUAUCUCUGCCGGCCCGGUCUCGCUCUCAGGCGACGACGAUUCGUUCUCCGAGUCGUCGGUCACCCGGUCCGAGAUUCUCGCGGCCUUUCUCGACUACGACGACCCCGGCACACCGUCCAGCAUUUUGUGA